CAAAACAAAGCUGACUCCACUCGUUCUCAUGCCACAGCCUUAAAUCGCCAACCACUAGAGUAGCGUUUUUAUUGGAUUACAUAAGAAUGGCACAGGCUGGCGUUUACCUUGAACACGACCAAUUCAAUUGUUCGAUAUGCCUGGAUGUUCUCAAGGACCCCGUGACUAUACCGUGUGGCCAUAGUUAUUGUAAAGGCUGUAUAGCGGGGUAUUGGGACCAGGAUGAAUUUAUAUCUCUCUACGGCUGCCCCCAGUGCAGACAGACCUUUUCGCCCAGGCCAGUUCUGGGCAAAAACACCAUGUUGGCUGAUGUCGUGGACAAACUGAAUAAGACCGGGCUUCAGUCCGUUCCUUCUGACGACUCGUUAGCCGAGCCCGGAGAUGUGGAGUGCGAUGUAUGUACGGGACGGAAAAACAAGGCUGUCAGAUCCUGUUUGGUAUGCCUGGCCUCCUACUGCGAGUCUCAUGUCCAACCCCACUACGAGUCUCCGGCCUUCAAGAGGCACAAGCUGGUCGCACCCUUCGGCACGAUACAGGAGAAGUUGUGCUCUCGCCACGACAAGCUCCUGGAGGUGUUUUGUCGCACUGAUCAGCAGUGCAUAUGUUCUUUAUGCCUUACUGACGAACACAAAGGUCAUGACGCUGUGUUGGCCUCAGGGGAAAUCACUGAAAAGAAGAGUGAGAUUGGAGAGAUGCAGAGGAAAUCUCAGCAAGCAAUUCAGGAGAGAGAGAAAGAGUUGGAACAGCUGAAGCAGUCCAUGACUUCUGUCACACUGUCCUCUCAGGCUGCUCUUGUGGAGAGCGAGCGGAUAUUCACAGAGCUGUCCGCCACCAUCGCGAGGAGACACUCUGAGGUGAAGGAAAUCAUCCGAGCCCAGGAGAGGGCGGUCAUGGCCCACGCCGAGGGCUACCUGAGGCAACAGGAGCAGGAGCUGAACCACCUGAGGAAGAGAGACGCUGAGCUGGUCAGGCUCCUGCAGACGGACGACCACGUCAGCUUCCUUCAGAGAUGUCAGUGUCUUGGUGCACAGCCUGAGCGAGUGGAGGUGGCAACGAUCAGAACAGAUCCAAACUUCGGCUCCGCCAUUGCUGCUGUCACAGAGUUCCAGGCGCUGCUGGAAGACGUCUGCCAGGGUGGAUUUUUCAACAUCUCUGAAAAAGUGAAUGCCGUUAUAAUUAUUGAAGAUCCAAAGCCUAAGGCGGACAACAUGGAACAAGCACCAGAAACCGCGGCACAAACACCAUGCGGCCUAAGUGCCCCUGCACCAACCACAUUUGGAGUUCCAGUACCCACUUUCGGUGGUUUCGCCUUCUCAACAUUCGGUUCAAGGCCCUCAAGUUCCAGACUACGAGUGCAACAGAGGAGGAGACGGAGGUAACAAGGCCAGAAGAACCACACGUUGGCCGCUAAACUGUAUUAUUUCCUUUAGCCGCUAGGACGGCUGCAUGUUUACUUUGAAAAAAAAAAAUAAUAGUAACAUAUUUUAACCUUUUUAUGGACACAGAAAUCAAAUCAUACUUAACCAUUAUUUUACAGUUUUAAGUGAUUUCAUUACAGUAUUUUUGCAUCAUUUUGUCUUUUAUUAAUUUAAUGUGAAAAAAUCUUAACACAGAGAAUGUGUUACAAUGCUAACAUGGAGCUUUACUUACAUCUAGAUGAUGUCCAACAUACCAUGCUUUGCACAAUCAUGAUAAACAGAUAAAUGUUUUAGCCCCGUAGAGUAAUUGGUGCUGUUUGUGUUGCAUUGCUGCUACAUAUGGAAAUGACGUAAAAAAGAAUGAGUGAAUAAUCUUUCCAAAUGAGCGUCAGGUUUUAGUUUUUUUUUCAUAAAUGAAGGUGUUUAGCAGAUAACAUUUUUGGUGACACAAAAGUUUGUUUUUGAAGAAGGAAAAGAAAACUUUAUUUUAAAUAAACACAUUGAGAUGUGAA